GCAGCAGAUUGCAACUCCACUUCUUCCGCGGGCGUUUUAUCUCCCACCCCGGGCCCCAGAGACCAGCAACGCCCUCACGACCAGCCCUGUCCCUACUCCCCAUCCUGUGGAAGAGGAAAUGUUUAGGCCGACGCGAAGCCUCUCGUCAAGGGCUGGUUCUCAGCAAAGCCACAAGCAAACCAAGCAGGAGGCCUUGGUCAGCGGCUGGGAGAGCCCGGAGACGGGCGGGCCCAAGGAAAGCGGAGGCCCAAACAAGGCAACCCAGCUGUCCUUAGAGUAGGGAGAGAAAGCCGAGGACCAGCGGGUAGCAAGGCUGCCCCGGGCCCCCCUCCGCCAUCUGCUUCCGGAACUUAAAAUCGGUGUCCGGAAGCCAGGACGGUGUCCCCAUGACAACCGACGUUGGAGUUUUCAGGUGCGCCUGCUUGAUGAUUAGUAGGUAAACAGUGCAGGAGUCGGAAUUUUGGUUGUUAUUGUUCUGGUUUUGAAUUCUUGCGAAGGCAGCCCCACUUUAAAGUGGAUUUGGAAAGGUGAGGGAAAGCGCCCUGGGGACAAAGGGGACGAACCGUGAAGCUCUCUUCUUUACCUCGCGAAUCCCCGCUGCCCUGAACCGGAGGAGAAGCCCAUCCUUCGCGUAGGGAUGGCGGCGGGCGGUUCUGUAUAACGGGCCCGCACAGCAGCCCUCUGGUGGCCUGCGAAGUAGUGGUUACGAGCACGGGCGUGGGUGACACACCUAAUUGUGUAUCCUGGAUCCGGAGGAUGGCUUGAACUCUGACCCUGUGCCCUUGAUUUAGGAUGAGGAUAAUUCUUUCCCACUUUGCGGAGUAGUUGCGUUAGAGGAAAUUACCUUGAUUGAUAAGUUUAUCGUGGUGCUGGCAUGUACGUGACAACUGUCCAUACUUGAUGAGACCACAUCCAUCCGUGCACUCAGGUGCGACUUCUCCAGCAGGGCAGGCUCUCAUUUUAGAGCAGAAGAAACAGCUCUGAUUCUGAGGAACUAGACGCUUCUCCCCCAGCACUGGGCAGAGUCAGGAGCUGUUUUCUGAGGAACUGUGGAAUGUGCCCUUGGGGAACCAAAAGAGCAGGAAGAAGAUGCUCCAGACCAGCAACUAUAGCCUGGUGCUGUCCCUGCAGUUCCUGCUGCUGUCCUAUGACCUGUUCGUCAAUUCCUUCUCGGAGCUGCUCCGGGUGGCCCCUGUCAUCCAGCUGGUGCUCUUCAUCAUCCAGGAUAUUGCGAUCCUCUUCAACAUCAUCAUCAUUUUCCUCAUGUUCUUCAACACGUUCGUCUUCCAGGCUGGCCUGGUCAACCUCCUCUUCCAUAAGUUCAAAGGGACCAUCGUCCUGACAGCUGUGUACUUCGCCCUCAGCAUCUCCCUUCAUGUCUGGGUCAUGAACCUACGCUGGAAAGACUCUAACCGCUUUGUCUGGACAGAUGGACUUCAAACGCUGUUUGUAUUCCAGAGGCUAGCGGCAGUGCUGUACUAUUACUUCUACAAACGGACAGCUGUGAGGCUGGGCGACCCUCGCUUCUACCAGGACUCUGUAUGGCUGCGCAAGGAGUUCAUGCAAGUCCGAAGGUGACCUGUCACACUGGUGCACACCCUUCCUUCCUUCCUCACAGAAGCCAUGUCUGUGCUUCUGCAAGGGGGUAGUUGGCCCUGUGCUCCAGGAAGAGCUUGGCUUUCCUAGGACAGGCGCCGGCCAUUUGUGUUCAGCAGCCAAGAAGGACGAUCCUCCUCUUGCAAAUGCCAAGUGUUCCCUGAUACAGACUCCGGGACAUACAUAAUGUCUCAGUUCUGCCCCCUUUCCUUUCUAACCCUGCUUCCUCAUAGGGCUCUGUGGCUUUAUCUCUGGGGAACUGCCCACUAAGCCUGGCACAGGAGCUCGCAGCACCUGCACUCCGCACACACCCCAAGGACCAGAUGAUCCAAAGGGGGACGUUUCUGUGCUCCUGGCUGACCACACCGUGGACACUGAGGCUUUUAUACC